AUGGUGUUGUGCGUCACGUCACUGCUUUGGGCGGUGAUACUGGCCGCGGCGGUGGUGGGUAGUGAGGCCGCUCCGGGUAGCACAACGCAAACGCUGCUGGUGCAAACGUUCCGUCCGGCCGGGUUCCCCUCCCGACUGCGGCGUGCACUCAAACCGCCACCUGAUGGUGGUGGUGGUGGUGGCACUCCGGCCCCGACUACGGCACGCUCGCCGUCUGAGGAACAGUUUGGGUACGAUUUCCUAUUCGGUGCAGCGACCGCCGCCUACCAGAUCGAGGGCGCGUGGAACGAAUCCGGCCGGGGGCCGAGCGUAUGGGACACGCUGACGCACACCCAUCCGGAGCUGGUGGUGGACGGUGCGACCGGUGACCGGGCCGCCGACUCGUACCACCUGUUCCAGCAGGAUAUCGAUGCGCUCAGCUGGGUCGGGUUCGAUUUCUAUCGCUUCUCGAUCUCGUGGUCCCGGCUGCUGCCACUCGGCGAUCCGUCCUCACUCAACCAGGCAGCGGUCGACUACUACAACCAGCUGAUCGACAACCUGCUGCUGUAUGGCAUCGAGCCGGUGGUCACCAUGCUGCACUACGACGUCCCGCAAUACCUGCAGAAUCUGGGCGGGUUCGCGUCCCCGCUGAUCGUCGAAUACUUCCGCCAGUAUGCGGACGUCCUCUUCAGCACGUUUGGCGACCGGGUGCGCGUUUGGAUAACGCACAACGAGCCGUACGAUUUCUGCGUGGAGGGCUACGGCACGGGGCGGUCGGGGCCGCUCGUGUACGCCACCGGCGUCGGGGAGUAUCUGUGCGCCCACCACGUCCUGCUCAGCCAUGCGGCCGCCUACCACCACUACAACGCGCACUAUCGCGACGCACAGGACGGUGUGAUCGGGCUGACGCUGAGCGGACGGUUCUACUAUCCGGCCACCAACGCUACGCCACCGGUGGUCGUCGAGCGGGCCCUCGAAUUUCAGAUCGGUUGGUUCUCGGAUCCGCUGUUCGGGGCGGAGGGAAACUAUCCGGCCACGAUGAUCGCGGAUAUUGGCGAGAACAGCCUGCGGGAGGGACGCUACACAUCCCGGCUGCCAACGUUCACCGACGAGCAGCGAACGUUGAUCCGUGGCAGCUGCGACUUCUUCGCCUACAACUACUACUCCAGCCGGCUCGCCACGCUAGCGAGCGAAGAUUACGACCCGACGCUGCCGCCAUCGUGGGCCCGGGAUGCGCGCAUCAUUCAAACGGUCGAUCCCCGCUGGCCGCGGGCAAAAUCCACCUGGCUGUACGUGGUGCCGGAAGGGUUGCGCGGCGUCCUGAACUGGUUCCGCGUGCGCUACAACAAUCCGAACGUCCUGAUCACCGAGAACGGCUUCUCGGACGAUGGGCAGCUGCAGGACACGGGCCGUAUCGACUACUAUCGGGGCCAUCUAGGGGCGAUCCUGGCCGCGAUCAACAAGGACGGUUGCAACGUCAUCGGCUACACGGCCUGGAGCAUCAUCGAUAACUUCGAGUGGCUGCGUGGCUACAGUGAAAAAUUCGGCUUGUACUACGUCAACUUCAGCAGUCCCGAGCUGGAGCGAGUACCCAAGCAGUCGGCCACCUUCAUGGAGCAGGUUAUUCGCACCAGACACAUACCGUCCGAGUAGAGAUCUAAGGCAAUGCAA